AUGGUUAAGUUUUUACUAGAGAACGGCGCAGAUCCUAAUAAGAAGGAUCAUGAUAAAUGCGUUCCUCUCGUAGAAGCAGCCAAAAACGGAAACUAUGAAAUUGCCGAGCUUUUGGUAGACAAAGGAGCUAACAUCAACUACUAUGUUCCCAACAAGAAAACUGCAUUAAAUAUGGCCUUCUGGCAGAAAAAUAAAGAGAUUGCCAGAAUGUUUGUUAAUCGCGGUGCAGAUGUCAACUUGGCUAUAUCAAAUGGAGAAACACCAUUGAUGACAGCUAUUGCCAGAAAAUACUUUGACAUUGCUGAAGAAAUGAUUAAAAAAGGCGCAAAUCUCGAGGCAAAGGAUAAAGAUGGCGAUAAUGCAUUAGCAUUCUGCACCAUAAACAACGAUGAGGAAGGUUUGACUUUCUUGAUCAAACAUGGUGCCAAUGUCAAUGCAUAA